UAAAAGAUAAGGUCAGCGUCCAUGGUUGAUCUGAAGCUGGAAGACCGUCGGGAUGAAUAACACGUUACAUGAGUUGUAGCCUUAGCACAAAGUCAGAGACCUUCUUAAUCUCUAACAACCCUGAACUUAUGACUCAAGAUUUGAUCCAAGCUUUCUUCUAUUUCCACUCCAUCAUGUCUUCCAUCACCUGUUUCGCCACUCUUUUCGAAUCACGUGAAUCUGCUCCUCUCCCAAUAAUAGACACAUUCUUCUUGUGCAAUGCAUUGCCAUGUGUGUUGGUUUUUCCCUUUCUUUCUUUCCAUUUACAUUAGAUUUGCCACAAAGAGAACUUUCAUGUCAUAGCAUCGAAUACCAUCUUGGAUAAAGCUCUUCUUGCAGAUAUGGCAUCAUUUCGGGCAAGAGUUGUUGACAAUUUUUGGGAGAAUUAGAUGAUCAGUUGCUAGCAUAUUGAGACCAGAGAAAGAAAACCGAGGAUGUCUUCUGAACCUGCUCCUUAUGCACCCAAAAAAAUCCUGAUAACGGGUGCAGCCGGUUUCAUUGCCUCCCAUGUGACAAGUAGACUGAUCAAUAACUACCCUGAGUACAAGAUCGUGGCUCUUGACAAGUUAGACUACUGUUCCAGCCUCAAGAAUCUCCAGCCAUGUUUCUCCUCUCCGAACUUCAAAUUUGUCAAGGGUGAUAUCAUUUGUACUGAUCUUCUUAACUAUCUUCUGGUAGCCGAGGAUAUUGAUACUAUAAUGCACUUUGCUGCCCAAACCCAUGUUGAUAAUUCAUUUGGAAACUCCUUUGAAUUCACUAACAAUAAUAUUUAUGGCACCCAUGUACUUCUUGAAGCCUGCAAGGUGUCAAAGCAGAUCAAGAGGUUCAUUCAUGUGAGCACCGAUGAAGUUUAUGGAGAAACUGACAUGGAAACUGACAUUGGAAAUCCUGAGGCUUCUCAGCUGCUUCCCACAAAUCCUUACUCUGCCACCAAAGCAGGGGCUGAAAUGCUGGUCAUGGCUUAUCAUAGGUCUUAUGGCCUUCCAAUAAUUACUACUAGGGGCAAUAAUGUCUAUGGUCCUAACCAAUAUCCAGAAAAGCUCAUCCCCAAAUUAAUCCUCCUUGCUAUGAAAGGUAGGGAGUUGCCAAUUCAUGGCAAUGGCACAAAUGUGAGAAGCUAUCUACACUCUGAUGAUGUUGCAGAGGCUUUUGAUGUGAUUCUGCAUAAAGGGGUCGUAGGGCAUGUGUACAAUAUUGGCACUAAAAGGGAAAGACGAGUCAUUGACGUUGCAGAGGACAUUUGCAAGCUCUUUGGUUUGAACCCUAAAGAAGCUAUCAAAUUUGUUCAAGAUAGACCUUUCAAUGAUCAGAGAUACUUCUUGGAUGAUCAAAAACUCAAGAAGCUUGGCUGGAAAGAAAGGACUUCUUGGGAGGAAGGAUUAAAGAUGACGAUGGAGUGGUAUACUGGUAACUCUGAUUGGUGGGGUGAUGUAUCUGCUGCCCUCAGUCCACACCCGUAUCUCUCAGUAAUGACUUAUUCCGAUGAUAAUGCAUUUUUCUUACAAUCUGAAAAUUGCAAAAAUAGAAUGGAAGGUGAUUGUGCUGACUCUUCAAGACUGAAAUUCUUGAUAUAUGGAAGAACUGGUUGGAUUGGUGGUUUGUUGGGAAAUCUUUGCGCAGAAAAGAAUAUCGUAUUUGAGUAUGGGAGAGGAAGACUAGAAGAUAGGAGGUCACUUGUGGAAGAUAUUAGGCGAGUACAACCCACACAUGUGUUUAAUGCAGCUGGGGUUACUGGGAGGCCUAAUGUUGAUUGGUGCGAAUCACAUAAGGUUGAAACUAUAAGGACGAAUGUAGUAGGGACAUUAAAUCUUGCUGAUGUUUGCAGAGAGCAUGAUCUUCUGCUGAUGAACUUUGCAACUGGCUGUAUUUUCGAAUAUGAUAAAGAGCAUCCACUAGGAUCAGGCAUUGGAUUCAAAGAGGAAGAUAAGCCCAACUUCAUCGGUUCCUUCUAUUCUAAGACCAAGGCUAUGGUUGAGGAGCUUCUACAAGAGUAUGACAAUGUCUGCACUCUCAGAGUUCGAAUGCCAAUUUCAUCAGAUCUUAGCAACCCUCGGAACUUCAUAACAAAGAUAACCCGCUACAACAAAGUGGUGAAUAUACCAAACAGCAUGACAGUGCUAGAUGAGCUCCUACUGAUCUCGAUCGAGAUGGCAAAGAGGAACUGCAGAGGGAUAUGGAACUUCACCAAUCCAGGAGUUAUAAGCCACAACGAGAUCUUAGAGAUGUACAGUGCAUACAUAAAUCCUCAAUUCAAAUGGAAAAACUUCAGCUUGGAAGAACAGGCUAAGGUGAUUGUAGCACCAAGGAGUAACAAUGAGUUGGAUGCAGCAAAGCUAAAGAAAGAAUUUCCCGAAUUGUUGUCCAUUAAGGAUUCAAUCAUCAAGUAUGUCUUCAAGCCUAACAAAAAGACAUAAAAUACUCAUCAUUCAAAUAGAGGAGAGCCUUAGCUACAGUUUUAGGUUGGAGGGAUCAGAAACUUAAGAUAAGAUUAUCUGGUUUUUUCCUAGUUUUCUUCACUUGCAUUAUUCUUUCUCAAGUUAAUUAUGGCCAUAUUGUUCAUUCACCUGAAUGACUAACAUUUAGCCCACAUGCUCCCUUGUUAUUUCACAAUUAAAAGUCAGUAUUUUCAACUUUUUUUUA